AAUAUAAGCUCAAUUGUAUAUUCAACAUUCAUUCAAAUAAAAACAAAAAUGUCUUAUCUAUUUUUUUACUUUGUUAUUAUAUCUGCAGUUUUUGCAGCAGGUAUAAAUGCUCAAGAUGAACCUCAAUGUGAAUCCAAUGAAGAGUAUUCACGAUGUUCAAAAAAUUGUGAAUCAAUUUGUCCAGGAACACCGAAACCAUGCUCUUUCAUAUGUGUGCCUGGAUGUAUUUGUAUUCCAGGUUAUUCAAGAACGGAUAAGAAAGGUACUUGUGUACUAACUUCCAAAUGUCCAAAAGCUCAAUAAAAUUCUACUAAAUCAAAUACAUUUUAUAAAUUUAGAAGCAUAGAAAAAUAUGCAUAGAAAAAUUUGCUGUUAAUUCAUUUUUUAAGUCAUGUAGUUGAAUAAAAUUAUUACAAGCAAGUAAAUUACAAAAGUA